CAGCACAGUUUCGUUUCUUGUGAAAUCGUCAGUCUCUCUGUCUCACUGCAGCAAAAAUGGCAGAAGCGAAUAUUCUGGUAGCGCAUGACCAGUUUAGCUGUUCAGUGUGUCUGGAGCUAUUGAAGGACCCAGUCGCUAUUCCAUGUGGACACAGUUACUGUAUGGGGUGUAUUAAGAACUGUUGGGAUCAGACUGAUCAUACAGGCGUCUACAGCUGCCCCCAGUGCAGAAAGACCUUUACCCCAAGGCCUGAUCUGUGCAGAAACACCAUCCUUGCUGAAGUUGUGGAGAAAUUAAAGAAGACAGGACUCAAUCCUCCUCCUGCUCAAAGUUAUGCUGGACCUGGAGAUGUGUCGUGUGAUUUCUGCACUGGGAGAAAGUUCAAAGCUGUGAAAUCCUGUUUGACGUGCCUGGCCUCUUACUGUGAAACACACGUCAAGCCACACUAUGAGGGGGCUGCUUUCAAGAGGCACAAGCUGAUCAAUGUAAUUGGAGAUCUGGAGCAGAAGCUUUGUGCUGAACACCAGAAGGUUUUGGAGGUCUUCUGUAGAACGGAUCAGACGUGCAUUUGCUUGUUGUGUACACAAGAUGAACAUAGGAGCCAUGAUACAGUCUCAGCUAAGAAAGAAAGGAGUGGGAAACAGAAGCAGCUGGGAGAGACACAGACAGAAAUACAACAGAGAAUCCAGGAGAGACUGAAAGAAAUUGAAGAGCUGAAACUGGCUGUGGAGUCACUGAAAAGAUCUGCAUGCAUAGAAAUAAAGGAAAGUGAGAAGAUCUUUACUGAGCUGAUCCGAUCCAUUGAGAAGAUCCACACUGAGGUUAUUGAGCUGAUUGGAGCUAACAAGAAGGCUGCAGUGAAUCAGGCUGAAGGACGCAUGAAGAAACUGGAGCAGGAGAUUGCUGAGCUAAGGAGGAGAAACACUGAGCUGAAACAGCUUUCAGAGACAGAGGAUCACAUCCAUUUUCUACAGAAUUUCCAGUCUCUCUGUGCCCCUCCUGAAGCUGAAGACUUACCCAGCGUUACGGCCAAUACAGACAUCUCUUUUGGGGCUGUGAGGAAAGCUGUAUCUGAACUUAAAGACCAUAUUGAGGACUUCUCCAAGGGGGAAUUAGUCAAAAUAACCAAAACAGUGAAUGAAGUUGCAGUUUACAGUCUGCAGGCUCCAGAGCCAAGGAACAGAGCUGAGUUUUUAAAAUAUUCCUGUCAGCUCACACUGGACCCCAACACAGCAUAUACACAGCUCUGUCUGUCUGAAGGGAACAGAAAGGUGACAUACAGGAGAGAGUCCCAGAGAUAUCACGAUCACCCAGAGAGAUUUGAUGGCCGGCUCCAAGUGCUUUGCAGAGAGGGUGUGUCUAGAACUCGCUGUUACUGGGAGAUUGAGUGGAGUGGGGGAUGGGCUUCUAUAGGAGUCACAUAUAAAGGAAUCAGCAGGAAAGGAGGGGAUCAUUCCUGUCGCCUUGGAUUCAAUGACAAGUCCUGGAGUUUGUGGUGCUCUGGUUCCAGUUACACUGCCCGGCACAAUAACAAUCACACUGCAAUAACUGCCCCCCACUCCCCCAGAAUAGGAGUGUAUCUGGACUUUAAUGCCGACACGCUGUCCUUUUAUGGCGUCUCUGACACAAUGACCCUCCUGCACAGAUUCCAAACCACAUUCACUGAGCCGCUCUAUCCUGGGUUUGGGCUUUCGAAUUAUGAUUCCCAUGUAACAAUCUGCCAGCUGAAUUAGACUGUUUUGUGUUGUAAGAAACCCUUUGUAUUGAACUCCCUGUCUGUCCUCUCCACUCCUCAGGUGAAGGGAAUGUUCAAUCUGACACAACUUUGGAUGAAAGUUAGGGGGUAAAACGGCGCCACCUGCAGAGCGAAACGAGGGGAAUUAUUUGUUUUUAGCAACGAGUGGGUUUCAUAUUAAAUAUGUUGAUUGUCCCUAUACGUGAGGCAAAGUAAUGCUGUUUAAUUAGAAAGAAGUACAUAUCAGCCUAAUAACAAUACUAAUAAUAAUACAUUCCCUUGGCAGCCCGCAGUUUAGUGAAUCCAGCUUAAUAAUAUUGCAAUGCACACUGGCAAGCACCUCGUCAUUUUUCAUGGCUGGAUGCGACCCUGUAUAUCAGAGAGAGAGAGAGAGAGAGAGAGAGAGAGAGAGAGAGAGAGAGAGAGAGAGAGAGAGAGAGAGUAUUUCAAUAUUUAGCAAAAAAAAAAAUGAAGUCAAAAAGUUUGCUUUAUUGUGUGUUUUUUUUGUUCUUCUUUGAUUUCCAUAAAAUAUGACAAACAUGUAUGCUCAGUUUUUUUCUUCAGAUUUAAGUAAUGUGAUUUAAUAAAAAAAAUUGAAUUUAA